AGGGAAAAAAAAAGAACGAUACAUAUACUCGCUCCGGGCUAAAAGAGUUCAAUUCAAACACCAGUGGUCCAUUGAACUUUUUUCUUCAAUGAAAAUUUAGGUUUCAGCGUGGCCAGAGAGUCAUUCACACCGUUAAUGAUGGUGUCGGAACAUCAUUGAUAAUAGUGCCAUUGGGCAAUAGGUAGGCCUAAUCGCGCCCCACUGAAACUCCAGUUAAAAUAAUGGAGGCCCUAUGCUAACUCGCCAAUGUCGGAGCGUCUGUGUGGUAUGGUCUCAAACAUUAGAGAUCCCUGGUUCGAAACCGGAUUCAGACGUGUUCAUUUUUCAUUUUUAUUCGCAUAACAUAAUCACUGAACCUUCUUAAUUCCUUCACGAUUCACCAUUUUUCAUUAUUCGACCAAAAAAAUCUCUCCAAAAGAACUCUCCACAAAAACGCUUCCAAACAAUCUAUAGAGCUUUUCCCGUAAAGAACUCCCCAUCCCCUGCCCUCCCUCACAACAACCGCCAUUUCAUUGCCCUCAGAGUUUCACUUCCUCGUAAAAGUACUCCUUUUUCGCCGCUUUUUUUUUUUAAUUUUUUAUUUCUAGGGUUCCAUAGAGUGAAAAACAAGUAGAGGAUCGAACAUAAUCAAAUCCAAUGGAUUGGGGAAACGUAACCGCAGAGGAUCUGAUCGACGCUCUUCGUGAAGUUGACUGGUCAUCACCGCCUAGACCACUCUCCGAAUUCUUCUCCCGUUUCACCGUUCCUCGAUCAUAUGCCAAAUGGAACAGCCGCCUUAAAUGCAAUCUCUACUACUAUCGAACCAAUUAUUUCAUUCUGAUUGUUCUUAUUCUUGGGUUGGGAUUCCUGAGGAGACCGGUUGCUAUUUUAGCUGCGAUUUUAACAGCGCUUAGCAUCGCUUUUCUGAAUGAUAGCUUUGCUGGUACUUUUAGUGAGAAGGUGACAAGAACUGUGAGGCAAUUCUCUCCACAUUUAGCAGCUAAGAUGAGGCCUCCCCUUACACCUGUUAUUCGUGGACGUCCGUCAGCUAAAAGAGCAAUUCACAUAUGUGGUUGGCCUCGAUGGGUGUUUGUCUUCAUAGUCUCUUCUGUGAGUUUCAUCCUUUGGUAUUUGUCCUGUGAUCUCUUGACUGUGCUAUGGGCACUUGCCAUUGCACUUCUUGCCACCAUCCUCCAUGCAAGUUUAGAACACCAAACCUGAAGGCUCGUCUUAACACAUUCCGUGAGGAAUUUCGUGCUGUUUGGCGCAAUUACAGUGAGCUGUAGCUUGCAUAGUUUAUAUCAUGCGGAGAUGAUUCUGAUGAUAUGAAACUCGUACAGCUUAUUAUUGUAAGGUUGCAUCUAGCUGCUGUUGAUGUUUCUACAAAAUAAUUUCUUUGGCUGGAUUGAACUGAAGGCUGCUAAUCUUUGCACAUAAAGGACAAGGUGUGAACGGUCAGGGCGUCUUUGCUUCUGUAAAGCGGACCGUUUUUGUUUUUUAGUCUAUAUUGGAGACACAUUGGAGGAUGUUUUUAUUGAUACCCCUCCAUUAAGGAAGAAAAAACAAAAAAAAAAUGCAGAAUUUAUACAAUCAUACAAUCUGUUAGCUCAAAAAUGCUUAUAGUUCUGGGGCAAGCUGUACUUGAUUGUUAAUUUACUUCUAGUAGUUUCCUAGUGUGAGUUUAAUGCUAAGAUAGUGUAAACCUCUGCGUUUAGAAAGAAUGUUUGUUUGUUUUGAAUGA